AUGGAGACCCUGUCGACUUGCCCCCAGCUCUCGGCCACGGAGUCCCGAAGACCCUGCAGCUCCCUCUCCAAAUCCCCCACUCCCCCAGCAGGAGGCAGUGCCAACAGCGUUUUGCAGCUCGGUCCUCAGGCAUGUGUUCUCCUGCUCGAGGGCACCUACACCUGUAGAGUCUGUGGAAACUUGGACAUCCGGCAGGACAUCUCCCAGCUGAGGAAGCUGGAGAACUGCACAGUGAUCGAGGGGGACCUGCAGAUCCUCUUGCUGUUCAACACCAAAGCAGAGGACUUCCAGGGCCUGAGCUUCCCCAAGCUGGUCAUGAUCACGGAAUACCUCCUGAUCUUCCGGGUCUACGGCCUGCAAACGCUGCGGGAUCUCUUCCCCAACCUGAUGGUGGUCAAGGGGAUCAAUCUCUUCUUCAACUACGCUGUGGUCAUCUACGAGAUGCCCCACCUCCGCGAGAUUGGCCUCCAUCGCCUCACCAACAUCAUAAGAGGGGACGUGCGCAUCGAGAAGAACCAGGAGCUCUGUCACCUCUCCACCAUCGACUGGUCCCUCUUCUCAGCUCCGGGGGAGAGCGUCUACAUCUUCGGGAACAAACAGGUGGAGGAGUGUGGCGAUGUGUGCCCGGGGGCAAUGGGCGACGGCGAGCCCUGCGCUAUGACCAACUUCAACAGCCAACGGGAUUACCGCUGCUGGACGUCUACGCACUGCCAGAAGGUGUGCCCACCGGAGUGUGGAGGUCGGAGCUGUACCAAUGCGGGGGAGUGCUGCCACAGGGAGUGCCUGGGCGGGUGCCACCGUGCUGGCGAUAACCGAGCGUGUUUUGUGUGUCGGAACUACCACUCCAACGAGACCUGCCUGCCCAGCUGCCCCCCGGACACCUACAAGUACGAGGGCUGGCGUUGUGUGACCCGGCAGUACUGUGCCAGCCUCCACAAAACCUCCGAUAACUCCAAGGACUGGCUCCCCUUUGUUGUGUUCCAGGGCGAGUGUAUGCCCGAAUGCCCUUCCGGGUACUCUCGGGACACGAGCAGCAUCUUCUGCAGGAAAUGUCGAGGUCACUGCCCCAAGGUGUGCCACGUUGGCACCAAAACAGUUGACUCUCUUGCAGCUGCCCAGCACCUGGCAGAGUGUACGGUCAUCGAGGGGAACCUUAUCAUCAACAUCCGGGGGGGCAAUAACCUGGCUGUGAAGCUGGAGAAAUACCUGGGUCUGAUCGAGACCAUCACCGGGUUCCUGAAAAUCAAACACUCCUUCGCCCUGGUCUCCCUCUCCUUCUUCACCAACCAGCUGAUCCGAGGCGAUUCCAUGGUGGAAUGGGUAAGGGGGAACUACACCCUAUACGUUCUCGACAAUCCGAACCUGCAGCAGCUUUGGAACUGGAACCGGCACAGACUGAGUCCGCGAGGUCGCCUCUACUUCGCCUUCAACCCCAAGCUCUGCCUCUCUGAGAUCUACAGGAUGGAGGAGGUGACCGGGACCAAGGGGCGCCAGAACAAGGCGGAGAUUAACCCCCGCACCAACGGAGACCGGGUCUCCUGUAAGAGUUACGUUCUGAGGUUUAUCUCGAACAUAACAUACAUGGACCGGAUCCUGCUGCAGUGGGAACGAUAUGAGCCCCAUGACUACCGGGACCUGCUCAGUUUCAUCGUCUAUUACAAGGACGCACCCUUUCAGAAUGUGACCGAGGACAUCGGGCAGGACGCCUGUGUGUCGAAUAGCUGGACCAUGGUGGACGUGGACCACCCUCUGAACAAGGAGCACUAUCCCGAGGUGAUGCUCUACAACCUCAAGCCCUGGACCCAGUAUGCCAUCUUUAUCCGUGCCAUCACCCUCACCCUGUCGGAGACAAACAACCACGGUGCCAAGAGUGAGCUGGUCUACAUCCGCACCAACCUGCAGGUACCCGACUCCCCCACCGUGCCCCAGGACGUGGCGUCGAUGUCGGACUCCUCCUCGCAGCUGAUGCUGACCUGGAAGCCCCUUCAGCCCAACGGCAACAUCACCUACUACCUCAUUGUAUGGCAGCAGCAGCCUGAGGAUCGGGAGCUCUACGUCAACGAAUUCUGUCACAAAGGGAUGAAGCUGCCCACCAGUGUGGUAGCCAAUCACCCGGAUCAUUACGAGAAUUCCGGGUCCAAUGACAGCAAACCCGAGGCUGGCACCCGCUGCUGCCGAUGCCCAAAGACCAAGGCGCAGCUCGAGCUGGAGGCUGAGGAAACAUCAUUCCGCAAGAAAUUCGAGAACUUCCUCCAUAACUCCAUCUUCAUGCCACGGCACGUGUACGAAAAGUUUGGAGGCGCUAUCAUCAGUCGUCUGCAAGCUGGGAACCAUACUGCAGCAGUGCACACGACGUCGCUCGCUGGGAAUGGGUCAUGGACUGACACUAUCUAUUUCUACGUUCCCACGUUCCCCCCUGAGAAGAAGUACACAGAUUUCCUGAUGGUCCUGACGAUGAUGCCCAUCGUGGUGCUCGUCACCAUCCUGUUCCUUGGGGCUUUUGUCUACGCCGACCAUAAAAAGCGAAUCAAUGGGUUCCUGAAUGGGACCCUCUACAUGUCGGUAAAUCCGGAUAUUUCAACCCAGCGACACCCACCCCCACUUCCAGUCAACUCGCCCCCCUACACCCCACUGCCUCCUACAGACCACUGCCCCUACCAGUCAAAUCUGUACAUCGCUGAUGAGUGGGAGGUUCCCAGGGAGACCAUCACCAUUAUGAAGGAGCUGGGCCAGGGGUCCUUUGGGAUGGUGUACGAAGGAAUCGCUAAGUUAGGUGGAGACGGUGAGACACAGACGCGAGUCGCCCUGAAGACGGUGAAUGUGACGGCGAGCCGACGGGAGCGCAUCGAGUUCCUCAAAGAGGCGUCAGUCAUGAAAGCUUUCGACUGUUACCACGUGGUGCGUUUGCUGGGGGUGGUGUCGAAGGGGCAGCCCACUCUGGUCAUCAUGGAGCUGAUGGCCCGGGGAGACCUGAAGAGUCACCUUCGCUCUCUGAGGCUCGGCUCUGAGUGCAUGAGUGUGGGCCGAGCCGUGCUGGGGCGGCCCACCCUGAAGGACAUGAUGCAGAUGGCGGGGGAGAUAGCAGACGGAAUGGCCUACCUCAACGCGAAGAAGUUUGUCCACCGGGACCUGGCCGCUCGUAACUGCAUGGUGUCCGAGGACCUCACGGUGAAGAUCGGGGACUUUGGAAUGACACGGGAUAUCUACGAGACGGAUUAUUACAGGAAAGGAGGAAAGGGGCUGCUGCCCGUGCGCUGGAUGGCACCAGAGUCCCUCAAAGAUGGAAUCUUCAGCCCCCACACUGACGUUUGGUCGUUCGGUGUGGUGCUCUGGGAGAUUGUCACCCCUGGCUGAACAGCCUUACCAGGAAUGUCCAACGAACAGGUUCUGCAUUUCGUUAUCAACAAUGGCACACUGGAGACCGAAACCUGUCCCGACCGGCUGCACGAGCUAAUGCAGCUGUGUUGGUGCCAGAAUCCCAAAUCCCGGCCGACGUUCCUGCAGAUCCUGGACCAGCUGACGGACGAAAUGAGGCCGAAUUUCCGGGACGUCUCCUUCUACUCCUCCAGCCGGGACUCCCAGCUCCAGGAGGCGGGGCCCGGCGGGACCCCGGGCGGGAGAUCGGAACGGUCUCCGCCCUCGGAUGCCGCAGCCCCGGAACCUCGGAGCAGACGGGCACAGUCCCCCCGAGAGCAAACCAGAUUCCAGCCAACUGAACGGCCAGCUGGGAGCGCCUCCAUCCUGGGGACACAGCCCGGGGAUCCGGUACAGUCGGAACUCAGCGUUCCAGUCCAGGCCAACAGCAGUGAUCUAGAACAAUGA